AUGGAUGCUGAAACUGUCCAGUUCAAAAAGAAGGCUUGGAAAGCUAGAAAGACAAUUCACGUCUUCACUGAAGAAGAUUCACCCUCUGAUAAUGACAGUAUUAAGGAUUUGGACAAGCAGAAAGUCAUGCCAAAAAGGAAGAAAUCAACUCAGGGUGCAGAGCCUAUGGAAACCAAUGAAACUGACAACAGCAAAAGAUUCAAAGACUACCCAGAAAACUAUGCUGAACCUCUGGCUUCAAGCUUUCCCCUUAUGACUAAUGGUGCUUCUGGCUCAUCAACACCAAUCCCUGAGCUUAAUAUCCAAAAAAAUUGGCAUGUUAAUCUUGGUGGGGCUAGUGGUACAGCUGGUGGAUUAGUAAUGAUAUGGAAGAACAAUCUUGAUGUUGAGAUUCUAGACUGUUCUUUUAACCUUAUCAAUGCUAAAAUACAGCCUACUAGUUGCCCUCCAUGUCUCUUCACUGGUUAUUAUGGUAAUUCUAAUAAUACUCAGUGUAAACUAAAUUCUUGGAAAGUUUUAGAGUAUACUGCAUCCAAGAACUCCCUCCCUUGGUUGGUUAUUGGUGAUUUCAACUUUAUUUUACAUGAUUUUGAAAAAUACAGUACUCAACCACUGGACAAUGCUGAAGCUAAUAUUUUUAGUAACAAUAUUAUUGAUCUGGAUCUAAAUGAUUUAGGCAGCACUGGCUUCCUUUUCACUUGGACAAAUAAGAGAAGUGGGUCUGCUCUCACUAAGCAGAGAUUGGAUAGAGGAUUAGCUACUGAGUCCUGGAUCCUCCUAUAUCCAAACUCUACUAUCACUAAUAUGUUAGCUAUUGGCUCUGAUCACCAUCCCAUUUUGCUUAACACUAAUCCACACUGGAGUACUGGUAAAAUCCCUUUCAAGUUCUUUGGUCCUUGGCUAGACCAUAAGGAUUGUAAGGAUAUUAUUUUUGAAUGUUGGCAGAAGAACUUAUCUGGUUCUAGCGCUUUUCUAAUUGCUAGAAAACUCAAAGAGGUCAAGAUGAAACUCAAAAUAUGGAACAAAGAAGUUUAUGGCAACAUAAAGACAAACAUUGAAGAAUGUAACCAACAUCUGCAUUGGCUACAAGAAAACUACUUCAAUCAGGAUAGAAGUAAAGCCUUACAAACUGCAAUGAAAGUUCUCAGAGAAUGGCAAGACAUUGAAGAAAAUUUUUGGAAAAUCAAAAGCAGAGACCAAUAUAUCAAAUUGGGAGAUAAGAAUACAAGUUAUUUCCACAUAACUACAAAAAGAAGAUUAAGGAGGAACAAGAUAGAUACCAUCCAAGAUAGUUCUGGAAACUGGAUUGAAAACUACCAAGACAUAAAGCAAUGUUUCACCAACCACUUCUCAAAAAUGGCUACUUCAGAAUCCCCUUCUAUGAGUACUGAAAUCCUUAACCUCAUUUCUACAGUCAUAACCACUGAACAUAACAAAAAUCUCAAUAGAAUUCUUGAAGAUAGUGAGGUCAAAGUUAUUCUCUUCAGCAUGGCCAAAGAUAAAGCUCCGGGACCAGAUGGCUUCCCACCUAACUUCUUCCAAGCGAAUUGGGACAUUAUAGGAGAAAAUGCCCCAUCCAUAAAUCAUCUCCUCUUUGUUGAUGAUUGUAUGGUUUUCUGUAAGGAAAACACUAUUGAAGCACAGAAUCUCAAGGAUAUCCUCAAUAUUUUUGGAGAUACUUCUGGCCAACUCAUCAACUUCAGCAAAUCAGGAGUCCUCUUCAGUAAGGACACUGAUCCAGCUCUUAUGCCUAUUAUCUGCAAGCUGCUUGGAGUUCAAAUUCUACCUACUAAUGACAAGUAUCUAGGUUCUACUUUAUUUACCCAUAGAAGCAAGAUCCAAUCUUUCAAACCAGGAGUGGAUAAGAUGAAGAGAAACCUGUCUAGCUGGAAGAAUUCCCCACUGAACCCAGCUGGAAGAGAAGUUAUAAUAAAAUCUGUCACCUCUACAGCGAGCAUCUAUCAAAUGAAUUGUUUCAGAAUCCCAAAGAAAACCUGUCAAGAUAUGAACAAACUACAAAGAGAUUUCUUCUGGGGAAAGAACCUGGAAAACCCCACAGGCUACUACCCAAAAGCCUGGACAGUCAUUUGCAAACCUAAGGAGCUUGGUGGAUUAGGUUUUAUGAAUAUGGUGCUUUUCAACAGUGCCAUGAUAACAAAAAUAGGAUGGAGAUUGGAGCAGGACAAGGAUUCUCUCUGGUACCAACUGAUGGAUGCCAAAUAUUUAUUGGGGAGAAAUGUUCUCAGCAUGAACACCAAAGCUAAAGAUGGAGACUCCUGGAUAUGGAAAGGGGUUUUAGAAGGUAUUCAGAACAUUCAGCAACACUGUGAAUGGAGAAUAGGAAAUGGAAACACAAUAAAAAUUUGGGAGGACUUCUGGAUACCUACUUCAACUGACAAACUCAUCAAACCUGCUAACUGCCCCAAUGAUAUCCAACUGCUAGCUCACCUAACGACAUAUCAAAGGGAAUGGAAUAUUUAUCUCAUACAGCAAAUCUUUAGCUUUGACACUGCUCAAGUCAUCACUAAUCUUGAUAUUCACCCCAGAGAAGAAGACAAUAUUCACUGGAAUCUCAACAGCACAGGAAAAUUCUCUGUUAAAGCUCUAUACAAAGCCAAAAUAGAGAAUCUCUAUAGAAAUGAUCAAACAACAAGAGACUGGAGAGCUAUAUGGAAUUUGGAAGUGGUACCAGCUGUCAAAAAAUUUCUCUGGAAAUGUGCUCAUUAA